AUGAACGUUUCGAUAUUUCAAGACGCAAAUAUUAGACGUAUCGGAGUUUUAGCUCAACCCGAAUACAUAAAUGUAUUUGUGGCCAAUGCUCUACGUUUUGUUAUACAAAAUGUUUUUGCUAAUAUUACCAAUGAUUUUGUCUUUACAUUAUCAACCGGUGGAGGUCUGGUGGGAUUUUGGUUUAAUGAUAUAAUGACCAAAUUAUUUGCAACUUGGGGUUUUAUGGCCGUACAGCUGGUAAUUUUGGAUAAAAGGACUAAAUAUAUGGAGGUGCCGGGAAAACGUUAUUGUAAUAUGAUUGUGAUAGAUUCGUUCAGAAGUCUGGAGAAGACACAUAUUGCGGAAUACAAUAAAAAUUCUGAUGGUUUGGAGUAUUAUUUUAUAUUUCUACAGAUACGUGAUAAAUUACUUGAAAGGGAAAUGCAAAUGAUUUUUAGAUAUUGUUUUGAUAACUAUUGGAUACAUUGCAAUAUUAUGGUGCAAACGGCAAGAGGAGAAAUAUUUAUUUACACUUAUUUUCCUUUUAAGGAAAAUAACUGUUUUCAGACACAACCGGAAGUUAUAAAUAAAUUUAUAGGCGAACGUUUCGAGAACGAUGUAAUGUUUCCAAAUAAAUUAAGAAAUUUUAACAAAUGUCCUUUGAAAUUAACCACUUGGGAUAUACCACCGUUUGUAAUUAAUGGAACGGGAUUUCAAGAAACGGAUCGUGAAAUAAACGGUUUUGAAAUAAUUAUAAUGAUUGCUAUAAGUAAAAAAUUAAAUUUUACUUUGGAUAUAGAUAUGAUUUCCAUAGAUAACUAUCAUAUGAAUCAAACUCCAGCAAUUAUACCUAUGAGAAUGCUCAAAAAUCGUGAGACCAACAUAACUAUGGGUUAUUUUCGACGUACAGCUUUAAGAGAUCAACUUGCUACACCCAGUUAUGUCACAUACUAUUUGCCUUUUGUAGCUGUAAUGCUGCGUAGACAAACUCAAUUUCAGUCUAUGGGAAUGUUGACAUUUCCUUUCGAUAAAAUCACUUGGAUUUUGAUAAUAGUGAUUUAUUUGUUAAUUGUUUUAAUGAACUGGUUAAAUGUUAAAAAUCGAAUAGUACAAAAUUUUCAAAUACAUCAAGUCUUUAUGGGUAUGCCUAUAAAAAAUACCCCCAAGGAAAGCUCAAAAAGAGUACGUUUAAUGGUUAUGCUUGUUACCUCAUUCAUUUUACGUUCCGUCUAUCAGUCGCUACUUUUCCAUCUAUUUCGUACCCAUUUCUAUGAGUUACCGCCCGUAACUCUAGAUGGCUUAGUAGCCCAAGGCUAUAAAGCAGUUUGUUCUGCUAUGUCGUUAAAUUUCAUAGUAAACGUACCACAAAUUCAGGACAGGUCACUGCCUUUAUAUGUCAUCCACAGUACCAAUGAAAUGUAUCCCUUGUAUUUUUUAGAAGUUAAUCAAGAUCAAAAUUUCGUAGCCAUGUCUAUUUUCGAAUUCACUUUAUUCUACGCUCUCGGUAUAUUAUCUCGGCAUAAUGCCUUGCAGAUCUUACCCAUUAAUGUAAAUGAACAGCAGAUUGGUUUCUAUUUCGUGAAGCAUUCGUAUUUGGUGGAUCAAUUUAAUAAUUACAUUUUAUAUUUUCAACAAGCUGGUCUCUUGCAGAAAUGGAAAGAAUGGUCUAAUAUGGAACAUCUAGUGAGUCAACAGAAUGGUCAUUCAACCUCUUAUGAAAAUGUUUUCAUGGUUAAUUUGAAACAACUGCUGGGAUUUUUCUACGUAGUGCUAAUGAUGCACUCGGUAGCGUUUGCAGUUUUUGCUCUGGAAUUAUUGUCAAAGAAAAUUAAGUGGUUACAAAGGAUUUUUUAG